GCCGUGUGGAUGAUGUCACAGCAGUGAGAGGCUGCAGAGCCGCGCUCACACACACACUCUGAUCCUCGCGCUGCUGUGCCGGUGUUGAUGGGAUUGUUUUUGCGUUUCGGGGGGCAGCGGGCGGCCCAUAGUGCGUGGAGGCAGCCAUGAGUCCGGGAUGCAUGCUGCUGUUUGUCUUUGGCUUCGUGGGGGGAGCGGUGGUCAACUCUGCCGUUCUGGUCUCUCUCUCCGUUCUGCUGCUGGUGCAUUAUUCUGUCUCUAACGGCCUGCCCGCCAUCACACACUCCCUGCCCCGCAUCAGCAGGAAGGAGCGUCCUGUCUCUCUGGGUAUUUUUUCAUUGCCGGGAAGUGAUGUGAUGACCCCCGAUCUGCACAGGGAGGCUGUGGAGACUCCAGGAACGGACACAUGGAGAUACAACAAUAUCAGCCACCCGCGCUCCAACACCAGCAUUAAGCUGGAGGCGAAUGAAUCCCUCAGGAGAUGGGAUGGUAAGAGUUCACAGGAGAAUUUGGAAACCCAGUGGAGCGACUCCAGUAAGCAUGUCUGUCCUCAUCGCAGGACGAGAGCAUGGUGUGCAGAGCAUGAGGAUGAACUUUCUGAUGCCGGUAGGGGAGAGUCCAAAUCCGGCACGCCCAUGUCUGCAGCGACGUCAGCUGUAGCGAUGGACACGCCGCGGACGGAGGAAGCCGAGGGUUUGAACAGGAACCUGGACUCAAGCAGCGCUAAACCCGACAGCAGUAAGAACAUCGGCGUACAGGAUGCUGUGGCAUCUUCAGGAGCCGAUCAAAGUGAGAAUGCAGAGCGAUCAGAGGUCCAGGCGAUCAUUGAGUCCACACCAGAGCUGGACAUGGAUCUGAGUGGAUGCAAAGGCUCCAGCACUCCCACUAAAGGCAUCGAGAACAUGGCCUUUGACCGUAACACUGACUCUCUCUUUGAGGAGCUCUCGUCAGCAGGAACCGAUCUCAUAGGAGACGUGGAUGAAGGCGCUGAUCUGCUGGGUAUGGGUCGUGAAGUCGAACACCUGAUCCAUGAGAACACACAGCUACUGGAGACAAAGAACGCUCUGAAUGUGGUGAAGAACGAUCUGAUCGCUCAUGUGGAUGAGCUGGUGUGUGAAAAAGAUGUUCUUCAGGGGGAGCUGGAGGUCCUGAGACAGUCCAAAGACAAACUGGAGGAGAAGAACAGAGAGCUGGAGGAGGAGCUCAAAAAAGUCCGAGCUGAGCUGGAGGAAGCCAAAGUGAAGACGAAAGAGGACGAUGAUAGCGACGUGCCGACGGCCCAGCGGAAGCGCUUCACGCGGGUGGAGAUGGCCCGGGUCCUGAUGGAGAGAAACCAGUAUAAAGAGAGACUGAUGGAGCUGCAGGAGGCCGUCAGGUGGACGGAGAUGAUACGAGCUUCAAGAGAGAAUCCAGCCUUGGCUGAGAAGAAAAGAUCCAGUAUCUGGCAGUUUUUCAGCAGGCUCUUCAGCUCUUCAUCCAGCACCACAGCGAAAAAACCCGAUGCGCCGGUUAACAUGAAGUACAACGCACCCACCUCACACGUCGUCCCUUCGGUGAAGAAGAGGAGCAGCACCCUCUCUCAGCUGCCUAGUGACAAAUCCAAAGCCUUUGACUUCCUCAAUGAGGAGGCUGAGGUAGAGAGCGUAGUGUCGCGUAGAGAGCAGAAGAGAGCUCAGUACAGGCAGGUGAAGGCUCACGUGCAGAAAGAGGACAGCCGGAUGCAGGCGUACGGAUGGAGUUUACCUCCAAAAUACAAGGUUGCAAAUGGUGGACAAGGAGACAAAAACCUGCCAGUGCCCGUCUACCUCCGACCGUUAGAUGAGAAAGAUGCUUCCAUGAAGCUGUGGUGCGCUGCAGGAGUCAAUCUCUCAGGUGGAAAAACACGAGACGGUGGCUCCAUCGUGGGAGCGAGUGUGUUUUAUAAAGAUGUGUCUGGAGGAGAGAGCGGCCCCAUCAGCCCCAGGAAGAAGAGAGGAUCACGGAGCAGCCUGGAGCAACUGGAGCAGGAACUCAAGGAGCAGGAGAAGGAGCUGCGGCAUCAGGAUGAGCUCUCCAGCCUGGUGUGGAUCUGCACCACUACACACUCCACCUCUAAAGUCAUAGUCAUCGACGCCAACCAGCCCGGAAACAUCCUGGAGACCUUCUUCGUCUGCAACUCUCACGUGCUGUGCAUCGCCAGCGUACCUGGCGCUCAUGAGACGGACUAUCCCGCAGGAGAGGAGCUGAGCACAGACGGUGAGGCUUCUAAAGUCAGCUGUACGGCAGCAAACAGCUCCACGGGUUUUGACGGAGGUCUGGAAGGCAUCACUGUCAUGGGCUGCUCUGCAGAAGGACCUGUGGCGAUCCCUCAAACUGUCUGUACCAACUCCAUAGAGUCCUCAGACACUGGUAACACAGCAUCUGUCACAAUAACACUUAACGGGCAAAAAAUAUCAUUAAUGCAUGUUUUAUUUACUCCAUUUUUCUGCAUAGAAACUUUCCCUUUAACAAAACCUUUUCCAUUAAUUACAAACAAUUGGAAAGGUCAUGGUAAUGCACUGAUUAAGGAUGGAGAUGUAUUGAGUGUACUCUGUUGCAGUGUAUACGUGCACUCAUCUGUGGCGCAGUGGAGGAAGUGUCUUCACUCCAUCAAGUUAAAGGAUUCCGUCCUGGGGAUUGUUCAUGUGAAAGGACGUGUUCUGGUAGCUUUGGCUGAUGGCACGCUUGCAAUCUUCCACAGAGGUGUUGAUGGCCAGUGGGAUUUGACCAACUACCACCUGUUAGAUCUGGGCCGUCCGCAUCACUCCAUCCGCUGUAUGACUGUAGUGCAUGACAAGGUCUGGUGUGGAUACAGGAACAAGAUCUUUGUGGUGCAACCCAAAGCCAUGAAGAUCGAGAAAUCGUUCGACGCUCAUCCUCGUAAGGAGAGUCAGGUGAGGCAGCUGGCUUGGGAUGGAGAUGGUAUCUGGGUGUCCAUUCGUCUGGACUCGACCCUCAGACUCUUCCAUGCACACACAUACCAGCACCUGCAGGAUGUUGACAUCGAGCCGUACGUCAGCAAGAUGCUGGGCACCGGUAAGCUGGGCUUCUCUUUCGUGAGGAUCACCGCUCUGAUGGUCUCCUGCAACCGCCUGUGGGUAGGAACCGGAAACGGUGUCAUCAUCUCCAUCCCUCUGUCAGAGAAAAGUAAAGAAGCAGCGGCGGCGGGGUCAAAUCGUCCAGGCGGUGCGAUCCGUGUCUACGGUGAUGAGAGCGGAGAUAAAGUCACGACGGGCACGUUUGUGCCCUUCUGCUCCAUGGCUCAUGCCCAGCUGUGCUUCCACGGACACAGAGACGCCGUCAAGUUCUUCACCGCAGUCCCAGGGCAGGUGAUUCCAUCUGCAGGGUCAGGGGUCGAGGCGGGCGCUGACAAGUCCUCCGACUCGCCAGAGCUGGUGAAGUCGGUGCUGGUCGUGAGCGGAGGAGAGGGUUACAUCGACUUCAGGAUGGGAGAUGAAGGGGGAGACACAGAAAACAUCAGCGAACCCACUCUGAACCUGCAGCCCUUCCUGGCCAAAGCCGAGCGCAGUCACCUCAUUGUGUGGCAGGUCAUGACCGGCGAGGAGUGACGUCGCUCCAGACGCACUUUGUUUGGACCUCUUUUUCACUCCCUUCUGCUUUAUUGAAGACCUUUCAAGCACUGGCUUAUAGAAUUUCUAUCAUGCAAAUCACGAUUAUCGACGAAGAAUGAAGUAUUCAUACUGUUUGUGCUUUCGCUAAGUUUUCCGAAGACCUUCGCACAUCAUCUUUGGCAAUACAACGGUUCCUUCACGCAGAUAGGAUGUCAAAUAAUGGGCGAUUCAGUCCAGGUUUUUGGGCGAGAGCACAACGGGCCAAAUGUA